AUGAAUGCUGAUUUAAAUACGACAUAUGUAACACUUGGUGGGCAUGUGGAAAUUCACAGAUACAGAUAUCUUUAUUUUGUGAUCAUGCUUACAGCUUAUAUUCUGUUAGUAUGCUUUAAUGUUUCUAUCAUAUGUCUUAUUGUUAUACACAAAAAUCUUCAUGAGCCAAUGUAUAUUUUUAUUGCAGCUUUGUUAUUGAACUCUAUUCUUUUCAGCAGUAAUAUCCACCCAAAGCUCUUGGUUGACUUCUUAUCUGAGAAACAGAUCGUAUCUUACCAAGCUUGUCUUUUUCAGGUUUUUAUGUUUUACUUUUUAAGCUCUUCAGAGUUCUUACUAUUGUCAGCUAUGGCCUAUGACAGAUAUGUGUCUAUUUGUAAACCCCUGCAAUAUCCAGCCAUCAUGAGAACAACUACUGUCAGUUUACUGCUGUGUUUUGCAUGGCUGGUACCUGCUUGUUAUAUUGUGGUGCCAGUUGCACUAAAUAUUAAUAGCAAACUGUGUAGCUUUACUUUGAAAGGAAUUUUUUGUAAUAAUUCACUUAACAAGCUUUUCUGUGUGACUUCAAAUGAAUUAUCAAUAUACGGUGUAAUUGUUCUGUUGAAUCUCGGACUUUUCCCCAUGCUUUUUAUACUUUUCACAUACACAAAGAUAAUCAUAAUUGCUUUUCAGAGUUGUGGAGAUAUCAGAAGAAAAGCCGUUCAGACCUGUUUACCUCAUCUGCUAGUUUUGAUUAACUAUUCUGUUUUGAUUACCUAUGAUGUUGUCGUUGUUAAACUGGAAUCUGAUUUUCCCAAAACUGCACGUUUCGUAAUGACACUCCAAAUAAUAACUUAUAAUCCUCUCUGCAAUCCAAUCAUAUAUGGACUGAAAAUGAAAGAAAUUUCUAAUCACCUUAAAAGGUUGCUUAGACACAUGAAAUAA